CAAAGCUCUCAAAUCCGCCCCGGCUCCAACGUCUCCUCCACAUUUCGAAUCCCCUCCGCCUCCGCUUGAGCUGCGUUUUACACACACAGAGGCGUAGCGUCAUCAUCUCGAUUCCACCUCGCCCCGCCCACCCAACCAGCCCACACGCGCAGGCAUGGCGACGACGGCGGCGGCGGCGGAGGAAGUGGAGGCGGGGGCGGGGUCUCCGAUCGCGGCGUUCGCGGUGGCCAAGGGCGGCGUCGUGCUGAAGCACAUCUUCCUCAACGGGCCGCCGACGGAGGCUGCGCGGCGCGGCGCGGAUGCGGAUCGGGCGGAGGAUCCGCCGGUACUGUUUGGGCGGCAUCCCGACUGCCACGUCCUCAUCGACCACCCCAGCGUCAGCCGCCGCCACCUCGAGGUCCGCUGCAAGCGGCGCCAGCGCCGGAUCACCGUCACCGACCUCUCCUCCGUGCAUGGGACCUGGAUCUCGGGCCAAAGGAUCCCACCAAACACGCUGGUGGAGCUGGUGGCUGGUGAUACACUACAGCUCGGGGCCUCGAAGAGGGAGUACCGACUUCACUGGCUUUCCCUGCGCGAGGCAUUUGAGAUGGAUGAUCUGCUUCCACCACUUGUUGAGGAGGACAAGGAGGAGAUCCAUACUCAUCAGGAAGCACAGGAUCAGUUGGUGCCUGGGCAGAGGGAGCCAAUGGACACAAGAACUCAUCAGGAGACAAAACAUCAAGUGGUAUCAGAACAAACUGAAUGCUGGGCUAAAGUGAUCUCCUCGGCACCACCAUUGCCUGAGUCUUCACUCUCACAUUUUCAUGACAACAGAGCGGGAGCGAUAGGGGGGACGAUUGUUAGUGAGAAUUCAAUUACAGAAUCUGUUGGCUCUUCAAUAAUACAGGCAGCUGGAAAACCAGUCCAAUCAGACAAACAGAAAGCAUCAGACACCAUGUCCCGAAGGGCCAAGUUGAAGUCAGUGAAGUCUCUUCACAUUGACACAGGAAGGAGAAGCAGGACUUUGAGCUACAGCUAUAAGAACGAAGAAGCCCAAAAUGAGAAUCGUGUAUGUUCUCAAAAUUGCAAGGGAGAAUGUGCAGCCUGCAUGGUUUUGUUUGAUAAUUUUGAUGUCAAAGCUGGAGAGAAGGAAAGGAUGGUUGCACCAGAAAAGGUCCACAUGAACCCCCAUGUCAUGGACAGCAGUACCAUGGAGAGGAAUCAAGAAGUGCCAAACCCUUUGAAUUUGGAGCGUUCGGAUGAAGAGAAGUCCAUACUGAAUUUUGCUAAGGAGACAGAGCAGCAUGACAUUAUCUCUGAAAAUUCUAUCCCACAAGAUUCAUUUGAUGCAAAACCACAGAUGGGACCAGAGUCGCCAUGUGCUGUUUCCCCUUCGGUUUCCAAAUACGGAACCUUUGCAAAUCAAAUCUCACAGCUGGAUUCUACUAUACAUAUGGAAUCCUAUGAGGCCAUGCCAGAAAAUCAUUUCACGCAUGACAUGAUUGAUGGAAAUACGAAUAGCCACCAAGAGAUGAAGCAUGAUGGUUUGUCCCAUCAUAAAUUGGAUGGAGUUCUGUCAAACAAGGAGAAAAUGGCCCAAAAUAAGAUUGUUGUGGAGGACUGUCAGCUUGAAGGCAUAAUUUUUGGGAGUAUAUUUGACAACUUGGAUAUAGAAGCAACUGAAGAAAAAGAAGAGAUCAGUCUACUGGACAAGGAGAAUACCACCCCUUAUGCCUCGAGCAACAUAACAUUUGAGAGGAGUCAGAUAAUGUUGAAGCCUACCAGUUCCCAAGAGUUGAUGGAUUCCAUUUCCCCUCUGAAUUUGGAACACUUUUCAGAGGGUGAAAACUCCGUGUUGAACAUUGUAAAGAAGAUGAAGUCAAAUGAACUUACAUCUGAAAAUCUUAUUCCGUUAAUGUCAGUUAAAAGAGAAUUUAUGCUCAUGCCGGAUGAAGAUUUCAAAAAUGACAUCAUUCCAGACAAGGAAAACUCAGUACCGCCUGGAAAGUACAAUGCUGCUAUCUCCCCUGCGGAACAAGGAAACCUUUUUCUUGAUGAGAAUGUGGCACCUGCCUCCAUGGAUCUCAAGCCCAUUGCUGGGAAGGUUCUUGGCUCAAGGAUGGACAGUUCGGUGUCAGCAGAGUUCACUUCAAACAGGAGCAUCCAUCAAAGGGAAUGCAGUGAACUUUCAUCAGAAUAUGAUGCUACCUCCCCUGUGAGGCAACAAAACAUCUUUCCAGACAAGGAAAAUGUGACACCUCCCUCCAGAGUUCUCAAGUCCAUUGGUAGGAAGGUUCUUGGCUCAAGGAUGGAUAAUUCAGUGUCGGCCGGAUACACGCCAAACAGGAGCAUCAGUAAACGGGAAUGCAAUGAUCUAUCAUCAAAGUCCAAACGUUUCCACACAGUAGAUGCUGAAGCUUUCUAUUCAGAUAAGGAGAAUCUGACACCUAUAUCUACAGGAGGUAUGAAAGCGAGAAGUUGUCUUCCAAAGAACCUGUUCCCAGUGGAUGCAGACCAAGAUCAGGAGGCAUUCUGCUCCGACAAGGAGAACUCUACGCCUAUAUCUACAGGAGGUAUGAAAGCGAGAAGUUGUCUUCCGAAGAACCUGUUCCCAGUGGAUGCAGACCAAGAUCAGGAGGCAUUCUGCUCCGACAAGGAGAACUCUACACCAGUAUCUUGUGUAGCUCUGAAAACAAGGGAUGUGUCUGAAAACCGUGCACGAAUUGAAAGUGCAAUCACAAAGAAAAGGGUGGUGGUAGAUAGGCUCCCUUUCCAGACUCUUCUGUCAAAUUCUCCCUUGAGACCAACUAGCUCAUUUGAUUGUACCCAGGCUGAUGCUAGUGAAGCUAAUCUCUCAAUCAGGUUGGAAGAUGAACUGAACAGCCUUCCACACAAAAACCACGAAUCGAAUAGGGUUGGAGAAGGGAUGAAAGUCUGGACCAUGUUGGCUGAUACCGAUUGUCUUCUUGAUGACGAAUCAAGGAAGUCUAUAAUGCUACUAAAAGGCAUAAAAGGAACUCAUCUGAUCAUACCAAGGAUUGUGAUGAGGGAGCUGGAAUGCAUGAAACAGCGGGAGGGCAUGUUCAAGAGGUCAUCAAAGGCUACCUCCAUAAUGCAAUGGAUCGAGGAUUCCGUGGAGAACGAGAGCUGGUGGAUCCACGUGCAGAGUUCAUCCGAGAUGUUGCCAGUAGCUCCAACCCCACCUGCAACUCCCACAGAAACGCAACGCAACAGUGAAGAAAGUGAAGCCACCGCUGCCGGCGCCUUCAACUCAAUGCUGGCGCUCUUCUCACCAAGGAGCUUCACUGGCAUCUUCUCCCCAAGAAGCCUCACCGACAUCGAUUCCCCGAAGACCGAAGACCGCGUCCUCGACUGCGCCCUCCUCUUCAACAAGCUAAGAGGCAGCGGCCAGAACAUGGUCAUCCUGUCCAACAGCGUCAACCUCAAGAUCAAAGCCAUGUCAGAGGGCCUGCUGUGCGAGGGGGCCAAGGAGUUCCGGGAGACGCUGAUGAACCCUUGCUCUGACAGGUUCAUGUGGGCGGCCAGCGUGCCGAGGGGGGCGGCGUGGUCACGCCUGGACGAGGCCGCGCUGGCGGAGAACUACUACAACAGCCACCGUGAAUCCAGGAGGAAUGUCCCGAGGCCCGUUGAGGCCGCCAGGGGCCUCAAGCUGAUCCUGCUGCACAACAGCUCCUCCCUCUGCGCGCGUUCCGGCGACCAACUCCGUCGCUGAGAAGACGCCACCGCGUUGCCCUCCUGCUCCUGUUGACACAGUCCUGAGCAGUUGGCACGGUUCUUUCAAGUAGCAUGUGAACGAAAAUGCCUGGUAAAGUGGUAAAUGGGUUCUUUGAUCCUUGCAGUGAAACACUCUUUCUGCUAUGCCUUGUGACUGAUGAGAAAUGUGAACUGUGAUGGCUGAUGGGAGUUGGAAGACGAGAAUGUGAACAUGACAAGCCUACUUUUCUUGCUUGGUUUGGCACAA